AUGCAAAGUGAUGGUGCACGCCAGUGUCUGGGAUUGGCUGGAGGGAGGGCCCCACCUUUGCGCUACUUCCUAAUAGCCCAGGAGGUUCACCUGAGGCUUGUGGAAGGACACCCGCUGAGCUCUCACAGGUGUGGUUCUGCAGGGGAACGAGAGGGGACGCUGCAACCACAGACGCGAUGCCUGCAAUGUGGGGACACGCUGGAGUGGUCAGAGGAACAUGGUGUCCUGCUGGGCUGUUCCUGCUGCUCUACAGUAGAUGAGACUCUGGAGAAUGUAGCCAGGGGACUCGGCAGCAGAAUGAAGAAAGAGAAGAGCCACUGGGCAGCUGGCAGAGUUGGUGACAUUGACUUUCUCGGUCCGACUAAAACAAGAGGAAAGUUUGUGAGGGUGCGCAGCAACACCGACCCAGUGCUGAUCUACCAGAUGCUGACAGAAGAGUGGGGUCUUGCUCCUCCACACCUGGUGGUUGCAGUAGUGGGAGGAGAUGAGGUGGCUCAGAUGAGGCCCUGGCUUAGGGACACACUGAGAAAGGGACUUGUGAAGGCUGCACAAAGCACAGGGGCAUGGAUUUUGACUAAUGGCCUUCGCUUUGGCAUCACCAAGCACUUAGGCCAGGCGGUACGAGAUCACUCCUUGGCCAGCACCUCUUCUAAAGUUCGUGUUGUGGCCAUUGGCAUUGCUCCCUGGAACAUGAUCCACAACCGAGAGGCACUACUCACAGCCAAGGUUGAUGAACCCGCAGUAUACAAGCCUCAAGACUUGCCCCAUGGAUCAGUGUAUUCCCUGGACAGUCACCACUCUCACUUUGUUCUGGUUGAGGAAGAUCCCAACAGACCCGGAGCCACCAGUGAAAUGAGGGUGAAGCUGCUCAAGCAUAUCUCUCUUCAGCGCACAGGUUACGGAGGUGCAGGAAGUUUUGAGAUCCCUGUUCUGUGUCUCUUGGUCCACGGAGAACCCAGGAUCCUAAAAAGAAUGUAUAAAGGCAUUGGCAAUUCGACACCAUGGCUGAUCCUGGCAGGCUCUGGAGGUGUGGCUGACAUCCUUGUCACACUGAUGAAUAGGGGCUGCUGGGAUACGGACAGCGUUCAUGAGCUGCUGCUGGACACCUUUCCAAAUGCCCACCACAGCACAGACAUCAGUAACUGGGUCAAGCUGAUUCAGAAGAUACUUGAUCACGAGCAUCUCCUCACUGUCCAUGACCCGGAACAAGAGAGCUCUGAGCUGGAUACAGUCAUUCUCAAAGCUCUAGUCAAAGCUUGCAAGAGCCAAAGUCAAGAAGCCCAAGACUUUCUGGAUGAGCUGAAGCUGGCAGUGGCCUGGAACAGAGUGGACAUUGCAAAGAGUGACAUUUUUAAUGGAGAUGUGGAGUGGAAGGCUUGCGAUCUUGAAGAGGUGAUGAUGGAUGCACUGAUCAAUGACAAGCCAGACUUUGUUCGCCUUUUCGUGGACAAUGGCGUGAACCUGGGAGAGUUCCUUACCUAUGGCCGUCUUCAGGAGCUUUACUGGUCUGUCUCAGAGAAAAGCCUCCUUCACAACCUGCUCCUCAAAAAGUACGAGGAGAAGCAGCUUCUGCUCGGAGCUGCCAGGACACAUGGUCCACCCGUGCACCAUCCUUCCGAGCAAGGAGACCGAAAACCCCGCUUCACCCUCUAUGAGGUCGCCAAAGUGCUGAAAGACUUUCUCCACGACUCUUGUAAAGGCUUUUACCAGAAGACUCCCACGGAGAAGCCAGCAAAGGGUCGACUGUUCCACACCCAGAAGAAUCUGGCUGAGUUAGAGGAGCGCUGCGAGCAUCCUUGGCGAGAUCUCUUCCUCUGGGCGGCCCUUCAGAACCGGCAGCAGAUGGCUAACUACUUUUGGGCCAUGGGCCCUGAGGCGGUUGCGGCAGCCCUGGCGGGUUGUAAGAUUCUGAAAGAGAUGGCACGACUGGAAUCUGAGGCUGAGUCCGCACGUAGCAUGAAGGAGGCCAAGUAUGAGCAGUUUGCCCUUGAUGUCUUUGGAGAGUGUUACUCCAACAGUGAAGACAGGGCUUAUGCUUUGUUAGUGAGGAGAACACACUGCUGGAGCAAAUCUACAGUCCUUAACUUGGCAACUGAGGCAGAUGCCAAAUCCUUCUUUGCCCACGACGGAGUUCAGGCUCUGCUCACAAAGAUUUGGUGGGGGUCUAUGUCAACAGACACAGCCAUCUCCAAACUUGUGGUGUCUUUCUUCUGUGCACCGCUCAUAUGGACCAACCUCAUAAAGUUCAGUGAUGAAGAACUUGACAAUCGUAAUGCUGGCAAGCAGUUUGCGGAGCUGGACAGUCUGGACACAGAAAAGGCUUUACUUCUAAGCGAUGAUGAUGAUGACCCUCUGGACUCUUCACCUGGAGGUCAAGCAGAUCAGAGCUGCGCCUCUGUUUGGUGGCGUUUCUUAUUGCGUCGCUGGCGUCGCUUUUGGAGCGCUCCUGUAACGGUGUUCCUCGGCAAUGUCAUCAUGUAUUUUGCUUUCCUCUGCCUCUUCACUUACGUGCUCCUUCUAGACUUCCGCCCGCCGCCGCCUCUUGGCCCUGGAGCACAAGAGAUAAUGCUCUACUUCUGGGUCUUCACAAUGGUGCUGGAGGAACUUCGACAGAGCUUCUUCACUGAUGAAGAGAUGAGCAUCUUAAAGAAGUUUAAACUCUACGUGGAGGACAACUGGAACAAGUGUGACAUGGUUGCCAUCUCACUCUUUGUUGUUGGGGUCUCCUGCAGGAUGGUGAAUGACACCUACGAGGCGGGAAGGACAGUUCUGGCCAUUGAUUUCAUGGUGUUUACUCUGCGUCUCAUCCAUAUCUUUGCCAUUCAUAAGCAGCUGGGACCCAAGAUCAUCAUUGUGGAAAGAAUGAUGAAGGAUGUCUUCUUCUUCCUGUUUUUCUUGUGUGUCUGGCUCAUUGCAUACGGAGUUGCCACCCAGGCUCUCCUCCACCCCAACGACCAAAGGAUUGACUGGGUGUUUCGCAGAGCGCUGUACCGUCCCUACCUGCACAUUUUUGGCCAGAUCCCUUUGGAGGAGAUAGACACUGCUCGCAUGCCUGAAAUGAACUGCACCGAUGACUCAGACGAGAUUAUCGAGGGCCUGCGGCCACCAUGUCCCAACAUCUAUGCCAACUGGCUGGUCAUCCUGUUGCUGGUUAUCUACCUCCUCGUCACCAAUGUCCUGCUAAUGAACCUCCUCAUUGCCAUGUUCAGCUACACAUUCCAGGAAGUGCAAGGCAACACAGACAUCUUAUGGAAGUUCCAAAGAUAUAACCUGAUCGUGGAAUACCACAGCCGUCCAGCACUGGCCCCACCCUUCAUCAUCAUCAGCCACCUCUCUCAGCUCUUCCUCAGCCUGAUUAAGCAGCCGGAGUCCAAGCAGGAACGUCUUGAGAGGGAGUUGCCGGCGGGGCUGGACCAGAGGCUGAUAACAUGGGAGACGGUGCAGAAAGAGAAUUACCUGGCCAAAGUAGAGCGUCAGCACUGGGAAAGCAGCGAGGAGAGACUCAAGAGCACCUCCUCAAAGGUUCAAAGCUUGCUGAAGACUGUCAGUGGAUUUAAGGACCAAGAGAGACGACUGGCAUCCAUGGAAAGUCAGGUCAGAUAUUGCGGAGAGGUGCUGUCCUGGAUGGCUGAGUGCUUUGCUCAGAGCACACUCAAAUGUGGGAAGGAUGCGCCGAGAGUUCCGACGUCUCUUGCAGGCGACAAGACAGAUGGCGCUGCUGCAGAUGCAUCUCAAAGUCAAACAGCGAAUGAAGCGAAGCAAGAAGAGAAAACAAAACCGGGACAUCCAGGAUAUGGGGCCAACAAAAAAUUUCCUUACAUUGAUGAAUAAAAGUGAUAAUGGCUGCAUACAGACAGCUGAAGAAUACUGAGAGAGAUGAAAAAUAUUUUUUAAUCCAAUAAGGGGAAAAUGGACCUUAAAUGAGUGAAAUGGUGUUUUAUUUAUAAAAAUAUUGGGUCCUUUAGAGGAAAACAUUAAAUGUUCCACUGUGGUAACUG